AGGGACUGCAGACACCUGCAGGCUCAGGAGGGCUCAAUCCAGGGGCAUGGGGACAAUGUCCCCAUUGUGAGCUCUCAGAGCUGGUCUGGCACAGGACCCAGCACUCUGCUGACAGGUGGAAGAUGAUUCCCUGCGCAACAGCAGUGAGCUUAGCUGAGAAAGAUGAUCUCCUGCCUGGGCAGCUCCUGCUGCUUGGUUAAGGCAGACUGCCUCCGGCCCCUCUCGGUGCUCUGAUUUUCUGGGUGGCUGCUGCUCCUCCUGCUCUUCUGAGAUGCUGCUGGGCCUCGGCUCCUGUUGCAACACCACAGGUGCCACCCGGCGUCUGCUCUCCCUCCCACUCCGAAACUGCCAGCAAUUGCUCUCGCUUCCCUCCCCAUCCCACCUGGAUCUAGCCCAGCUCCACGGUGCUGGGAUUUUCCCUGGGGUUUGUGACCUCCUGGUGUGGAUUUGUCAGCGUCAUCACAGGCUGAGCCUUGAGCUGGAGACCACGGCAUCGCCCAGCUCCCUCCAUGCCUCCACAGCCAGCAGCAUCUUCAGCAUCCGGCCCCCGCAGCCUCGGGAGAACGUCCUCGGCAUCAGCUUCAAGCCCUACAGCCCCGAUUCCAUCCCGGCCCCGGUCCCGUGCGCAGCCUGUGAGAGCACACGAUCCUCCAUGUUCAGAGCUCCCUGCAUGAGCCAGCGGCGGCUCGCGCUCAUCUUCUGCGUCUCCGUCCUCAUCGUGCUGAUCGUCGCCCUCAUCCUGCUGUUUAUGUUCUGGCGGUCGCAGACCGGCAUCGUGUACAAGGAGCCCGCCGAGACCUGCAAGGACAACCCCGUGCGCUGUGACGGCGUGGUGGACUGCUCCCAGAGGAGCGACGAGCUGGGCUGCGUGCGGUUCAGCUCCGACCAGUCCUUGCUCCACGUUUACUCCAGUGCUGAGAGCCAGUGGCUGCCGGUGUGCAGCAGCACCUGGGACGAGUCCUUCUCUAGAAAGACCUGCCGGCAGCUGGGCUUCCAGAACGCGUCGCAGACAGAAUACAUCCCCCUGCAUGUCUCUGGCAAGAGCCUCACGGUGACGGAUGAGCGGGACACCAUCCAGCAGAGCCUCAACAGCUCCCAGUGUCUGACAGGGAAAUUCGUCUCCCUGCGGUGUACAACAUGUGGGCAGAGGAUUUCAGGCCGAAUCAUCGGAGGGAAGGAAACCUCGGUGAGCAAAUGGCCCUGGCAGGUCAGCGUGCAGUACGGGCCCGUCCACAUCUGCGGCGGCACCAUCAUCGAUGCGCAGUGGGUGCUCACCGCCGCGCACUGCUUCUUCAUGAACAGCAUGAAGAUCCUCGAUGACUGGAAGGUGUACGGCGGGGUGUCGGACCUCAAGCAGCCCAUGGAGGGCAUCCCCGUCUCCCAGGUCAUCAUCAACUCCAAUUACAGCGAUGACCACGAUGACUAUGACAUUGCUCUCAUGAAGCUCUCCCGGCCGCUGACGCUCUCAGCUCAGGUUCGACCUGCCUGCCUCCCCAUGCACGGCCAGCGGUUCCAGACCGGCAGGUCCUGCUUCAUCACUGGCUUUGGGAAGACCAGGGAGAACGAAGCUCUGCAGAAGGUGUGCGAGAAGCAGCAGCUUGCUCCCUCCUACAGCGGGGGGCCGAGGCUGGCCCUGCCCGACGGCUCCUCCUGCCUUGCAGAUAACACCUCCCCAAAGCUGAGGGAGGCAGAAGUCAAACUCAUCGACUACAAGAUCUGCAACAGUGACAAGGUGUACGAGGGCUACCUGACCCCGCGCAUGAUGUGCGCUGGGUACCUGCAGGGGGGGAAGGAUGCGUGCCAGGGGGACAGCGGGGGGCCCCUGGUGUGUGAGGACAACGGCCGCUGGUACGUGGCUGGCGUGACGAGCUGGGGGACGGGAUGCGGCCAGAAGAACAAGCCUGGGGUUUACACGCGUGUGACGAAACUCCUUGGCUGGAUCUACAGCAAAAUGGAGAGCGAGAACAACUGAAGCCAGGCUGGAACCUGUGCAGCAGCACCGGCUGGCACCGGCCCCUCGCUCCCCCUGCCACCAGGGCACGGUGUAUCAGCUGCUGUCCCUGCUCCUCCGGGCUGCUCAUGCAAUUGGGGACCUGCAGCUGCCUGGACUGCAACAAUGCAGCACCUGCAGAACACCUCUGUCCUGCUGAGGACGUGGAGAUGUCUCUGUCCGGGCCUCAGUCUGUGCUGGAUGUGCCCACUUGGAGCUGCCAUCUCAGCUGUGGCCCCUGGCCUGCAAACAGAGUUGCCAGGACCAUGUGUCCUUGAAUGUGGGCACAGCCAGAAGAUGUGGGGCUGCUGCCCAUCCCUGCAACUGGAAGCCAGGAGCAGAAAGCUGCAGGUGCCUGUGGUGAGUGAGCCCCUUCCUCUGCUCGCUGCGGGGACAGCCAAGCAAAGGGGAGCCCCAUGGGGCAGCUGAAGCACCUGCUGGGAGGAGGAACGGUGGUUGCUCUCACAUUUGCACAUGGAUUUAGGAAGUGUCUUUCAAAUGAAGUGCUUCCCCAGCAGAGAAACACCCAUUUAUUUAUUUUUCUAUGCCCUGGAAGCACACACUGCUGGGACUUUGCGCAGCCACUCUCAGCUCCCUGCCUGCCCUGUGCAGGGGUUGGGCAGCAGCACAGGGCUGUUCUGCUCCUGGGGGCAGCAGGGCCAUUCUAUGACAUGUGACAGAAGCCAGCAGCAGAUAUAGAGUAGCACCCAGCCCCAUGUUAGCCCCAGCAUCUCCCAGCUCCAUGGCCAGUGCCAGGUGCCGGAUUUGUCUCAGCGCUGCACGCAGUCCAUAGAGGACACACAGAUGUCUCAGAGCAGAUGUGUCGAGGUGUGUGCAUGCUGGAUGGAGGCAGGCUGCUGCUCUGCUGAGGCUGUACCCGGAGCUGCAGGGGGUCCUGGUGCUCCUGGCUGCCCCACACUGUUCUCAAUAAAUGUUUCAGUAGUG